UUCAUUGCAUUUGGAUUUUCCCAAGAACAGGGCGUCAAAAGCACGAAAGCCAAAGCUGAUAACAACGGAAAACCUAAAAUUUGCCAUCGGAGGCUCUCGAUCAGAUCCAGUUCGACAAUUCUGAGGUUUUUGAUCAACCCAAAUGGCUAACAACAGCAAAGUUAACAAUCAGGAGGAAUCAAACCCUCUUCUCGACGAACAUCUGGAAGUGAAUGGCACCAAAUCAGACAAAACCGCUAAGGCUGACGACACCAAGACGGCCAAGAAGGCGGUGGCUCCGGAAUCGGGUGUUCCGGAAUACGGUUGGACCGCUAAUGGGAUGCCUUUAGGGGACGGAAGCGUGAUGGGCGAGCCUAUGGGCCGGGCCCAUUGGGAUUCCAGCCUCUGUGCUUGCCUCGGCCGCAACGAUGACUUCUGUAGCAGCGAUCUUGAAGUUUGUCUUCUUGGAAGUGUGGCACCAUGUGUUCUGUAUGGAAGCAAUGUCGAGCGACUUGGAUCUGUCCCUGGGACAUUUUCAAAUCAUUGCUUUCCUUACACUGGUCUGUACCUGAUUGGUAAUAGCUUUUUUGGGUGGAACUGCCUUGCACCACUAUUUUCGUAUCCUACUCGUACAGCUAUUCGCCGGAAGUUUAACCUAGAGGGUAGCUGCGAAGCACUGAAUAGGUCAUGUGGAUGCUGUGGUAGCUGCGUGGAAGAUGAGUUGCAGCGUGAACUCUUUGAGUCUACAUGUGAUUUGACGACUCAUAUAUGCUGCCACCCAUGUGCCCUUUGCCAGGAAGGUCGUGAGAUCCGUCGUAGGUUGCCUCAUCCUGGGUUCAGUGCCCAACCAGUACUAGUCAUGAUCCCUCCCGGAGAGCAGUCCAUGGGCCGUGGAGCUUGAGGAUAUUCUUGCUCAGCAUUAAAGAGCUAUACUGCCUAUAUUUGCAUCAUAAAUAUAUUUAUAUAUAUACCAAUACUUGUGGAACCCUUGUGGAACCCUUGUGGGUUUUGUUUUUCCUGAACUGUGAUUGAAAUAAUUUUGUGAUCAACUGAUUGAAAAACUAAUGGUUGGUUCUGUCAACCAGGUAUUAAUAGUAUCUAUGCACUUUUUAUAGUUUACUUGGUUU